UCCUGAGAGAGGCUUGGCACUGACUAGCACAGCAGGGCGAGCGCUAAGGCAUCCAGGACCUGUGGUGCGGCUCCAAGGAGGGCAGGUGGCCUGUAGGCAUCGAGAUACACACUAUCUCAGAUGCGACUUCAGUAUCAAGUCUCAUCCCACACACGGAGAGAAAGGUUGGGAAGUACAGUGCACGGCAGAUGGAAUGUCUUUACUUCACCAUAGUAACGGAGGAAAUGUGGUAAAUGCUGCUAAGACAUGUGGAGGUUUGUACCCAAAAGUAAAAGACACUGGAGAAGAGUUGAGGAAGCAGCUACUUCUCAUGGAAAACCAGGCAGUGCUGACCAGGGGCCAUCACGCCAUGGAGGGCACCAUGGUAUCUCAAUAUAAACACGGACAACCCGUUGAUGCCUCCUGGAACUUCACCAUUGAUGGACAGCAUUCCUUCUUCUAUGUUCACUAUAAUCAAAACAACAAGAAAUGGGAAGUGAUUAACUAUAACGCCACAGGUGUCCUAGAGAAUUGGGAGAAUAAUGCAGAACUAGCACAAGACCUAGCAAUGCUCUCCAUGGGAGAUUCCAGACACUGCCUUGAGGAAUUCUUAAAGCACCAGAAGGAAAUGCCAACCUCACCAAAUGGUGUGACAGUUGUGAGCCAGCAGCCUUUGUCACUGGCCAUCAAGCCCAGCAUCUCUGGCCUGCUGAUAAUCCUCACCUGCUCCCUCCUGCUUCUUACCUGAGGAGAAUCCUUGGCAAUGACAGGGUGAAGAAGCUCCAGUGAAUGCUGUGAGAGUUCGUCUGGUGCAGCCCCUCUCCCUACUCCUCAGCCUCAACCAGAUGAACCUUGAUGCCGCUGACACGGAUUCCGUGUUCUUUCAUGCUGUGCCAGUCACUCGGGCCCUGUCUUAUCUCCUUGUUCUGUUUCCUUGGUUCUCCCUAGUGGGUUUGCCCUGCAUGGAACAACUUGAACUAGAGAUCUGGAGAAGAACAUGAUCAUGUACCCAUCCCUAGCCUACGGAACGGGAUACCCAGAUCUCCUAAGUGAGUGUGAGAAGUUAUUACCCUGUAUAAAUAACUUGUCAGUAAAGAGGUCAGUGUGAGACAGACUAGGAAAACCCCUCACUCCCCAAGAUAUUUGGCAGGGAGUUAAAUUCUGUUAAGAAUAUUAAUUUUGUAAUAGAAAAUUUAAUACCAUGCCUGUACUAGGCAGCCUUUUCUAGAACAAAAUAAGAAAUGUACGUUUUUAUAUGAGUAUUUAUGGUACAAAGGGACAUUUCAUCACAUGAUAUGUGAUGGUUUACACUAUUAUCACUAUUAUAGGUGAGUUUCUGUGACAUGCACUAGGCAGUCCAGCAAUGGCCACACGCACACUGGCCUGCUCAGUCCUACAUGCUGGCUGCCCCUGCAGUGACAGUCUGGCAGUGAGAGCUGGAAGGUCCUGGAAAUCUGGUGCUGCUGGGUGCACAUCCUCCUGAUGCAGGUUCUGGGUCAGUGCAGCUCUCCUGUGCUCUCAGAGAAGUCUCUUCUGCACGUCCAGACCUGUGAUGGAAGGAGGAUGAACUCACACAAGUUUCCUCUGACUCCACACCCGCACUUGUACACAAGUGCACUAGCACUCGCACACUGAUGCACACACACACGCACACACACACACACACACGCACACAGUGUAACAACAUGAACCCUAAUGUAUGAACAGUAUAAAAUAUAUAGUUCACUGCUGAAAAUAAUUUUUUGAAGCAGGGCCUCACUAUGUAGAUUAGGCUAGCCUGGAACUCAAAGACCCCCCUGCCCCUACCGCCCCAGGAUCAGGCUAAAAGGAAUGCACCAUCACCUCUGCCUAAUUCUUGCUUUUUUAGCUCUAAUGAUUACUAAGUAUUAGAAUUUUAAAACUGACUAUUUCACGCAAAUUAAGUAUACAGUGGCAUUAAGUAAACUGGCAAUAAUCAAAUAUCUCAGGUAUCACUAAAGGAAACUUGUAACAACUAAGCAUAGGAAACAGGAAUAGAGGACUAGUUGUUUAAUAGAAGUUACUGAUAACGGGAACACAGCCCCAGACCUUAGCACAGCUGACUCAACGAUGGAAGUAACAUUCAGGCUGUAAAGCUCAGCAAAUAGACAGCACCACCUGGAAAAACUAAAGCAAAGGCCUAAUCCAUCCAAAUUCAUGGUUAAGGGACAGUCUCUGAAUGCGCUAACCCUACUUUUUAGCUUCUAUACCUCCACUUCUAGCUAAUUGCUCUUGUUAACUAAAGUUUGUCUCCCAACAACAUGGGUUUUUGUGCUUAAAAUCUCUGCCUGAGAAAGGCUUGGUGCUGCACUGGGAUUGUAAACCCCAGUGCAGUUGCUGACCACUAAUAAAGAGUUUCUAUUGACUUAAA